CAUGAGAUUGCCACCAGCUGUGUUCUUCUUCCUGCUCUCCCUUCCCCUUCAUCUUCUUCCUCUAAAUCCCAUGCUUGCAGCAGAUCUCAAUCACGAAAAACAAAACGAUAAAGCAGCCAUGGAGGCAAAUUGGUUCUCGAUCUCAACUGAAUCAGGAGGUAAGCACGAAAUUGAAGUAGUAAAAAAGCGCAGUGGUGGCGCAGCUGCCUCCGCCCGCGGUGGAGGAGGAGGGGACGCGCCUUCUGUUACCGCCAACGGAGGAGGUGAUGGUGGUGGUGGGGAUAUUGGCAGUGGAUCAGGAGGACAGAUUCCAGUUUAUACACCCGGUGCCGUGAACAAUAACCGUGUCCACCGUCGCAAUGUGUCUAACAGUGGCACCAUUAGCCGUGUUGGCUCAAGUUGCUUGGCUUUAAUAUUCUUUACUUGUGUUCCUCUGUUCACUGUAUAAAAAAUUUUAUG